AAGAGCGUUUAGCAAAUACUACGAUAUGGAUGUGGAAAGGCGCCGUCGAGCGACAGCGCUGGAGCGCGAGAUGCGCGAUCCGACCAGCAUCUGCAAUGUGGAUUGCCUGCUGGACACGGUGUCGGCUCUGGUCAGCGAUUGUGACCAUGAGCCGCUGAAGCGACUCAAGAACAUAGAGCAAUAUGCUUACAAAUAUAAGCCGCUGGCGCAGCGCAUCAAUCAGCUGCGCAUGAAUGUGGAGGACUUUGAUUUCAUCAAGUUGAUCGGCGCUGGAGCCUUUGGUGAGGUGCAGCUGGUGCGUCACAAAUCCUCCAGCCAGGUGUACGCCAUGAAGCGUUUGUCCAAGUUCGAGAUGAUGAAGCGGCCGGACUCGGCCUUCUUCUGGGAGGAGCGUCACAUCAUGGCGCAUGCCAACUCGGAGUGGAUUGUGCAGCUGCACUUUGCCUUCCAGGACAGCAAGUAUCUGUAUAUGGUAAUGGAUUUCAUGCCUGGCGGCGACAUAGUCUCGCUCAUGGGCGACUACGAGAUACCCGAGAAGUGGGCCAUAUUCUAUACAAUGGAGGUGGUGCUGGCUCUGGACACCAUACACAACAUGGGCUUUGUGCAUCGCGACGUUAAGCCGGACAAUAUGCUCCUGGACAGUCACGGCCAUCUGAAGCUGGCCGACUUCGGCACCUGCAUGCGCAUGGGCGCCAACGGGCAGGUGGUGUCGAGCAAUGCAGUCGGCACGCCGGAUUACAUCAGUCCGGAGGUGUUGCAGUCGCAGGGCGUGGACAAUGAGUAUGGACGCGAGUGCGAUUGGUGGUCUGUGGGCAUAUUCCUCUACGAGAUGCUCUUCGGCGAGACGCCCUUCUAUGCGGACUCGCUCGUGGGCACCUAUGGCAAAAUUAUGGAUCACAAAAACUCGCUCAGCUUUCCGCCCGAGGUGGAGAUAAGCGAGCAUGCCAAGUCCCUCAUACGCGCCUUUCUCACAGAUCGCACACAGCGCCUGGGCCGCUACGGCAUUGAGGACAUCAAGGCGCACCCGUUCUUCCGCAACGACACCUGGUCCUUCGAUAACAUACGCGAGAGCGUGCCGCCAGUGGUGCCGGAGCUCACCUCGGACGAUGAUACGCGCAACUUUGAGGACAUUGAGCGCGACGAGAAGCCCGAGGAGGUCUUUCCGGUGCCCAAGAGCUUCGAUGGCAAUCAUUUGCCCUUCAUUGGCUUCACCUACACCGGCGACUACCAGCUGCUCUCCAGCGACACCGUGGACGCCGAGUCCAAAGCCUCACAGUCGAUCAAUAGCAAUGCGAAUAACAAUCAUGGCCACAACCAUCGCCAUAGGCCUUCCAAUUCCAACGAGCUGAAUCGCCUGGAGGCGCUGCUGGAGCGCGAACGCUCGCGCGGCGAUGCGCUGGAGCAGCAGGAUGCCAGCCUGCGCCAGCAGAUUGAGCUGAGCACCAAGCGCGAGGCGGAGCUGCAGCGCAUUGCCAGCGAGUAUGAGAAGGAUUUGGCGCUGCGUCAGCAUAACUACAAGGUGGCCAUGCAGAAGGUCGAGGUGGAGAUCGAGUUGCGCAAGAAGGCGGAGGCGCAAAUGGUGGACAUACAGCGGAAGCUGGAGAACGAGCAGAAGACGCGCACGCGCGAUCAGAACAUCAAUGAGAAGGUGGUGUCGCUGGAGAAGCAGCUGCUGGACAUGGAGCAGAGCUUCAAAAGCGAAACGGAGCACACACAGAAGCUGAAGAAGCAAAACGCCGAGCUGGGCUUUACGCUCAAGACGCACGAGGAGAAGGUGCGCGAUAUGGUCGAAAUGAUUGAGACGCUGCAGAAGCACAAGGAGGAGCUGGGCCAGGAGAAUGCCGAGCUGCAGGCGCAGGUGGUGCAGGAGAAGAAUCAACGCUCGCAGCUCAAGGAGCUGCACAAGGAGGCGGAGAACAAGAUGCAAACGCUUAGCAAUGAUCUGGAGCGUGCACUGUCGCGCGAACAGAAGUCGCAAGAGGACAAUCGCUCGCUGCUGGAGAAGAUUAGCGAAAUGGAGAAGACGCUCGCCAGCCUCGACUUUGAGCUCAAGGCGGCGCUGGCCCGCUAUCAGCAGGAGGUGAAGGCGCACCAGGAGACGGAGAAGUCACGUCUCGUGUCGCGCGAGGAGGCCAAUCUGCAGGAGGUCAAGGCGCUGCAGUCGAAGCUCAACGAGGAGAAGUCGGCACGCAUCAAGGCCGAUCAGAACUCGCAGGAGAAGGAGCGCCAGCUGAGCAUGCUGUCCGUGGACUAUCGCCAGAUACAGCUGCGCCUGCAGAAGCUCGAGGGUGAGUGCCGCCAGGAGACGGAGAAGGUGACGGCGCUGCAGUCGCAUCUGGAUCAGGAGCACAGCAAGCGGAACACGCUGCUCUCGGAGCUCAGUCUGCAUAGCUCGGAGGUGGCGCAUCUGCGCUCGCGUGAGAAUCAGCUGCAAAAGGAGCUGGCGGCGCAGCGCGAGGCCAAGCGGCGCUUCGAGGAGGACCUCACACAGCUGAAGGGCACGCAUCAUGAGGCGUUGGCCAACAAUCGUGAGCUGCAGGCACAGCUGGAGGCGGAGCAGUGCUUCUCGCGACUGUACAAAACGCAAGCGAACGAGAACCGCGAGGAGAGCGCCGAGCGUUUGUCCAAGAUUGAGGAUUUGGAGGAGGAGCGCGUCUCGCUGAAGCAUCAAGUGCAGGUGGCUGUGGCACGCGCCGACUCCGAGGCGCUGGCACGCUCGAUAGCCGAGGAAACGGUGGCCGAUCUGGAGAAGGAGAAGACCAUCAAGGAGCUCGAGCUGAAGGACUUCAUUAUGAAGCAUCGCAAUGAGAUCAACGCCAAGGAGGUGGCGCUGGCCACGCUCAAAGAGGCCGAAGCGGAGCUGCUCAAGAAGCUCAGCCAAAAGGGCAGCGAGUGCGAGGAGCUGCUGCAACAGCACAAACAGCAUCUGGACGAGCUGCAGCAGCUGCGCAGUGCCAAGGACGAGGAGAUAGCCAAGCUCACCGAGAAGUGCAAGAACGAGGUGCUGCUCAAGCAGGUGGCGGUCAACAAGCUCACCGAAGUGAUGAAUCGACGCGACUCCGAUUUGCAGAAGCAAAAGAGCAAGGCACGCUCCACGGCCGAGUUGCGCAAGAAGGAGAAGGAAAUGCGGCGACUGCAGCAGGAGCUGUCGCAGGAGCGUGACAAAUACAAUCAGCUGCUGCUCAAGCAUCAGGAUCUGCAGCAGCAAACGGUCGAGGAUCAACAGCUGAAGCAUAAGAUGGUCAUGGAGAUCGAUUGCAAGGCCACCGAGAUUGAGCAUCUGCAGAGCAAACUCAAUGAGACUGCCUCGCUCUCGUCCGCCGACAAUGAUCCCGAGGAGAGUCAGCACUCUUCUCUGCUCUCACUCACACAGGACUCGGUCUUCGAGGGCUGGCUAAGUGUGCCCAACAAGCAGAAUCGUCGCCGCGGCCAAAGCUGGAAGCGCCAAUAUGUGAUUGUCUCCUCGCGCAAGAUUAUCUUCUAUAAUUCGGAAUUCGACAAACAUAACACCACAGAUGCUGUGCUCAUCCUGGACCUAAGCAAAGUGUAUCAUGUGCGUAGCGUUACCCAAGGCGAUGUUAUACGCGCGGAUGCCAAAGAGAUACCGCGCAUCUUUCAGCUGCUGUACGCUGGCGAGGGCGCCUCACAUCGUCCCGACGAGCAGAGCCAGCUGGAUGUGACGCUGCAUGGCAGCAUGAGUGAGGAACGACCCGGCACCAUCAUACACAAGGGUCACGAAUUUGUGCAGAUCACCUACCAUAUGCCCACUGCCUGCGAGCUGUGCACCAAGCCGCUGUGGCACGUGUUCAAGCCGCCGGCGGCCUACGAAUGCAAGAGAUGCCGCAACAAGAUACACAAGGAGCACGUGGAUAAGCCUGGCCAUGUGGAUCUCUUGGUGCCCUGCAAGCUGAACCAUGAUCCGCGCAGUGCCCGCGACAUGCUGCUGUUAGCCUCCACGCCCGAGGAGCAAUCGCUGUGGGUGGCUCGCCUGCUGAAGCGUAUCCAGAAGAGUGGAUACAAGGCCAACUCAUACAACAACAAUAGCACCGAUGGCAGCAAGAUUUCGCCCAGCAACAACUUCCACAAAACUGCAUAAUGUUAAAAACGUUAACUAAGUUCCCUAUAAUGCUUAAAAAUUGUCUGUAGGCUUGUAAUUUAGUUGUGUCUGUAUAUAUCCAAUAUACUAAGCUGCAUAUGCAUAUGAAUGUAAAGGAAGCAAAAACGAGAAACACAUGCAAAAACAUAAACACAUAUUUAUAAAUAAAUUAAGUACAAUUUUUGUUAGUUUUUAAGCUACCCAAAGGCAAAACAUAAUUCGUUUGUAACUCUCAGCUAUACAACGCACUCGCUGUAAUUAUGUAAAGUUGUAAGCAAUGAAUAACGAGUGUUUAUUUUUUAUAUACAUAUAACAUACAUAUACAUAAACAUAUACAUAUACAUAUUCAUAUGAUAUAAACUAAAACGAAAUUAGCAUAUGUUGUGCCUUGCAUUUUGUUGUGUGUAGCAAAUCGAAAUUGGCCAAAACUCAUAUAGUUGCAGUUAGAGUUAUAUACAUAUUGUAGUUAUAUAUAUUAAGUUAAAGCACUCUCUAUAAGUCGCAGUUGGCAGCUACUACAAAUUAAUUAAUCCAAACAUAAACAAUGCUUAUUACUCUUUGAUUCCAUAACUCGCGCUUACUUUUAGUUUCGCAGCCAGCAAACAACAGUUACUUAAGCGAGCGCAACGUUGCGCUCUCUGCAGCUAAAGAGAGUGAGAGUGAGAUUUUGUAUGCGUGUGUGUCUGCGUGUGUGUGCUUAAAGCUUAAAGAAAUAUGUAAUUGAUAAAAAAAAGAAGAGAAAAGAAAUUAAUUGCACAGUGUUCUGUGUGUAAAGGCUACAAUCUAAGUAUUAAAUAUCAAAUAUGUCUUAGCACUAAGUUUUUUUUAACGAAUUAUUUAUUUCUUUAUGUGUCUGUCGCCUGUAUGUGUGUGUCGGUUCUUGUUCUCUCUCGGUUAACUAAUUUUGUAUAAUUUACAUUCUCAACUGCAUGCAAGUGCCAA